CCAUGUCAGGGGCGGGACCGCUCCCGCCCGCACAGCCAUGGCGGCGGCCCGGGGGUGUCUGUGUGUGAGGGCUCCGUGGAGGCUCCGUGAGGCACCCGAACUGAGGAGCUCGCUAAACACAGACACCCAGCCUCGUUUGGGAAAGGACGCGCUGUUCAUCCCGCUCAUUGCGCCUCCACGAAUCGGGCAGCCCGAGGGGUGAAAAGUCGCCUCUUGAUUAUACAGUAAAGUUCACGCGAGCCCGCCCGCCGAAUGCAUGUUUGCUCGAGUGAUGGGAUCUUAUUGAAACACAGAGCUCUUUUCUUCAUUGAGCAGCUUCUGUUGUGGAAGUUACCAGAAGUUAUCUGGCGACUUCAGUUAUGUUUACAAAAGGGUGCAAGGUGGAGGUUUCCACGAGUCAAGCACACCAAAGGAGACCUUCUGUCUGGAAAAGUGUGUGGUGCUGUAGAAGGGCUCCUCAUGCUCCUGUCAGCCAGGACUGCCUGUCAGCGUCCCCUGAAGGACCCACAGGAAGGAAACUGAACAUUUUUCAACAUGGCCCAGAUACGCAACAAGUGGACAACCAAGAGCAACAGAGUUUGAACUGUUCUGGUAAUGGGAACUCCAGGAGAUUUUUAAAGGUGACUUUGGGGAGGGACAUCACAAAGCUCAAAAAAGAUGUGGUGGAGAAGACACCAAGUUGGAAAGGAAAGGAGGAGGAGAAGAAAAUGAUGGAACCUGUUACCACGGAUAAGAAAGCCAAGGAGAACAUGGCUGUGAAACCACCACCUCAGCCAGAGGGAGUCAAGAAGGCAACAGUGAAAACAGCCCCUGUGGUGCAGGGAAACAAGGAGAAAACAACAGCGAGACCAGCUCCAGGGAUGGAAGAAGCCAAGGAAAAGACAACAGGGAAACCCCUUCCCAGGGCAGAGGGAGCCAAGGAGAAGGCAACAGCGAAACCAUCCUCUGGGGUGAAGGGAGCUCGUGAAAACAACACAUCCAAAGACCAAUCAAAACCCAAAGAGCCUCCUGUGUCAGUGAAAACUGUAAGGCCUGUUCCUCAGGCUGCUGCAGUGACAAAAAAGACAAAACUGAGUGCUGCUAACUACACCUCUGAGCCACGCUGGGAUUUCGAGGACGAGUACCUGCUGGAUAACUCCUCUCCACCAUCGACCUGCUCUGAAUCAGUGAGGGCCAGAGCUGCCAAGUCUGCCUGGCUGCGGGAUCUUUUCCUGCCCAACAUCACGAUCUUCACAGACAGGAGAUACUUCAAUGACAGCGAAUGGAACCGCCUGGAGCAUUUUGUACCCCCGUAUGGCUUCAUGGACCUGAAUUAUUCACUGGUGAAGGAGGUCAUGUCCCUGCUGCCCCCGAAUCCUCACCAGCAGCUGCUCCUGGCCAGCCGUAACAGCAGCGUUCCAACAUGCAUCAGCUGUGCUGUCGUGGGGAAUGGAGGAAUCCUGAAUAACUCUGGGAUGGGCCGGGAGAUUGACUCCCACGACUACGUCUUCCGGGUGAGCGGGGCUGUAAUCAAAGGUUACGAAAAGGAUGUGGGAACAAAAACCUCCUUUUAUGGAUUCACAGCCUUCUCCCUGGUUUCCUCUCUUCAGAUCUUGGGACACAGAGGGUUCAGCAACAUCCCACGGGAGAAACAUGUCAAAUACAUUCACUUCCUGGAGGGAGCUAGAGACUAUGAGUGGCUGAAGGCUCUUCUGCUCAACAAGGACAUCGGGAAAGGGUUCUUGAACCUCAGCGGGCAGGUGCCCCGGCAGAAAUUUGACAAAGAUUUCACAAUGGACAGAUACCUGGUGGUUCACCCUGAUUUCCUCAGAUACAUGAAAAACAGGUUUUUAAAAUCCAAAAGUCUGGAAAAGCAGUACUGGAGGCUCUACAGACCCACAACAGGGGCCUUUCUGCUGCUGACCGCCCUCCACCUCUGUGACAGGGUGAGUGCUUAUGGCUACAUCACAGAGGGGCACGAGAAGUACUCGGAUCACUACUAUGACAAGGAGUGGAAGCGGCUGAUUUUCUACAUUAACCACGACUUCAAACUGGAGAAGGAGGUGUGGAAAAAGCUUCACGAUGAGAAUAUCAUGAAGCUUUACCAGAGAUCCUGACUGUGUGGCAAGGGCCAUUGCCUGGGAAAUCUCAGCACCUCACUGGGAACAGAAGAGGACCACCAGAGCCAAGUUCUGGACUGCCAGGCAUAUUUCAUCCCCACAGAGACAUUUCCCUCCUCCAGCACCUCUGUUCUUUCACAACACUUCCACAAACGUGUGAAUGCUGCAGACCCAGAGAAGAACAAGAAAAUGCAGAGUGCCAACAAAAUCCAUGUGGCUGUGCUGCCAGAUUCCUGCUGGUUGUUGUAGGCACAGGUAUUGGGAGAACAGAAUCCAGGAUGGAUCUGGA